AUGAAACCAAAAAUGUGUCAUCUAAAUUACCAACCAGUCACUAGUUUGAAUUGUCAAACUCUAGAUUUUGAUUUAUUAGAGUUAGAGAAGAUUAAUUUUUCAGUUAAAAUGGAACACAUGGCUGAACAACUUAAUAAAGAAUAAGAAAUCACUACCCCAACUUUUAAUUUUCAAAUCAAUAAAAUCUAAGGACCCGCCAAAGAAAUAAGCAACAGGAUUCAAAAUAUACUAUACGUUUCCCCUAAUAAAUUAAUCAAAUCCCAUAGAAAGUUGCCCAAAAUCUUAAAAGAGCCCUUAAAAAACACCUGA